AUGUCAGAAAUUCGAUGCAACACCGCCGUGCGUUGUUCGGCUUUCGAACGAAACGGACGUCGUCGCACGUUCGGCGAAUACGCCGCAAUUCUGCGUACCGUUUUGGAAAGAUGGAUUUCGGUCCGUGGACAACUUCGGGAGGAAAAACUGAACGAAGAAGCGGAGGAAUUGAUUCUGCCGAGCAACGAGGAUUGGCGACAACGCGUCUACUACAGAUUGGUCGAGCUGCAACGAGAAUGCGACGCGCAGUUCGGGACGAAAAGGGUUGGCGAAACCGAAUCGAGUUUGGAUUACGAGGAGCCGAAGGAGACGGAUAGAGAUGGUAAAUCAAAAGCGGCAGAAAAGUCUUGGGAAUGGGAACCACGAAUCCACGGAUCGUCCUUAUUGGACAUCAAGCGAGGAAGUCGAAGAAACGGGAACGAAUCGAGAAUGUCGAGAACGAGCGUCGUCGGUUCGAUGACGGAAGCUCGCGUGGAGCCAGGAUGGCGCGUGAACGACAUCCUCUUGGCCGCUGAGGUUCUUCGAAGGGAUUCCUCUCCCACGUACUCCGACGAAGCUGAAAUGCGUCGAGUGUUCGGGCUCGUUUAUGACGUGCUUCGGUACAAAAGGAUUUUUGGUCGCGCUUUGGACGAAGUGGGGUUCUGGCUGCGUAACAGCAAGUUGGUGGAUCGACGGAAGAUCGUCUGGUUGUUGCUGUACGACAUGCAAGGGAGAAAGUUCGCGAGUCGCGGCGAGAUCGCCGAUGUCAUGGAACGCGAGAUACUUUUUCAGGCUGCCGGAUUGAUGGACAUCGAGAAGGCUCUAUUGGAGGCGAAAACGCAUCUCGCCGCGAGCAUCUCGCGACUACGUAUCCGUGGCUCGGCUCUCAGUCUCGACGAGCUGUUGCCGUCACGGUUGCGGGUCAUCGAAGGGGUCGCUUGGGGCGAGGAGGCCGAGACUGGAGCAGUCGCUUCCGGAUGGGUGAACGGAAACAAGUUCGCAAACAAACAAGAAUUUCACGAGGAGAUGUCCAAGCUGAAGUUGGUCUUCUGCGAGGACGAGGACGGGGCCACGGAUCUGGUCGACGAGACCGGUUACGCGUUCGAUUCGAUUUGCCCGAAGAUCGUGAAUCUGCACGAGGAAGCGCGCGAAACAUUGGCUCUUUCUGCUUUGGUGCGGGAUCAUCGGUUUGUGUUUUUGGAUAGAUCGCUGUGUCUGGGCGCGGCCGCAUUGGUCCGAGCGAUUCGAGUCGGUCGUUUCUGCGGUCCAGUGGUGCUGACGCACGCUCUAGCGCCUCGCCACACUGGCUAUUUAGCGGAACUGCUAAAGGAUUGCGAAGACGCCGGGAGACUGUUGGCAUUUGGAGCUGGUGAACGCCGUCUGGAGUACGAAACGUAUUCGCUUUCCCUGUCUGUCUCUAAAAGAUUUUGACCGAUUAGGUAUGUAGCGCAUCCAGUCACGGCCGAAUCGGAGAGGGCCACUGUAGUUCUGGCGAUCCCGCCGUGCAGUUACACAGGCGUACGAGACAUCGUCGACCUGGCCGUGGCACGUGGCGGAGACAUGGAUCUCCUCGAAUGGCUGACAGACGCUUGCGUCGUAGAUGGCGAUCACGAGGAUCGGGUGAUCGAGCGUACGCGAACAUUAUUGGUCGAUCAGAUGUCCACUCUGAAGUACGCGUUAACCAGACCGAACGUUCAGUUUGUUAUAUACGAAGCACACACGGUUCUACCAUCGGAGACGACGGAAAUGAUACAACGGGUGGUCGAUUACGCGAAUCGAAUGGCCGUAGCGAGGCACGUUCGCGAUCAUCCAUCGAAGAAAAAGCUGGCGAAAGAAGAAGGGGAGCUCCGCGAGUCGGACGAGACUAGAGCAGACGAUCGGACCUCGAUGAUCUCGUUUCUCUCGAUACCGAAGGUUCCAGAUAGCGACCUGUUCGAGGUGGGCACCAUCAAUGAGCUUUACGGGGAGGACGUCAACUGCGCCGUCGACCCGGGAUGCUUUCUCGCGGUGAUCAGACGAAAGGAGAUGAUGCAAUUCGACUCAUUGUUUAUGAUCAAAGUGGCCGAAUCGAGGGGAUUGUUCGGCAAUCCAAAUGACCGCCGUGAACGAAAACGUGAACCGCUGCCGUUGGAUCGUGCGUCCGGACCACCAUUGCCGACCAAUCCCCGCAAACGAACGAAACGAUUCGAGAAGAUCGAAAUGGAACGGAUAAUGGCGCACACGCACUCUUCACUGACUAGAACCAUGAACGAGAAUCCAGUCUGCCCGCGGCAUCGAGCCUUUGAGGAGAAGAACCAGUCCCGGACGGUACUGAGGUCGCCGAUUCUGGCCAGAGCGCUACAACCGAUUCCGUUGGAGAGCGACGUCGAGGAUCGCGACGACACGAGUGGUCUGGAAAGUCACUAA